AUGGAGAGACUAGACGCCGAGCAGAAGAACCAGUGCCGCACCAUCGAGCAGGCCGCCGACAGAGCCUCUAAAACGGCUCAGGAUGCGGCUGAGGCGUUCGCAGUAUCGAAACCACGCCUGAUGAUCUGGACGGCACUCUGCGCGGCUCUUCUGGUCUGUGGGGGGUGGUUGAUUGGCUACUGGGUGGGGCAUCGUGACGGGUGGGCCUCUGGUGACGCCAGCGGAUACCGGCAGGCCAUUGCAGCCAACGCCGCCGCGUCAUGGGCCAACACCAAAAGCGGGGUAAUGGCAAAGCGCCUUGAUGAGAUGGGAAACCUGCAACCUCUGGCGGCUUGUAAUCUUCCGGGAUUCAGCAUCGAAAAGGGGGAGAAGGGGUCGCGUUG